GAUAGCAUGGUAGCUUCUUUGUGUUUUCUCUUAAGCAAUAAGGACUAUGACAGAGAUAAUAUUUAGCUUUUGAAGAGGUUUUGCUCUCUACCUAUUUGUGAAAAUGCUUGAAUGAAGCAUUCUCUUUCUAUGUAGCCUACUGUUUUUCUUGGUAUCUGGUGUUAAAAGUUGGAAAUACAAAAUGAGUUUUCAUUCCUGAGACAAACAAAAUUGUGCUUUCUUUGACAUCUUGCUCUGCUUGUUGUCACUCUUUUGUUGGUAUUUCAUUUAUGUUAGAAUGGUUUCAUAUUUUUUUGUAAUUAUUCCUGCUUUUAUUUGGUAUGACAACAAGGAAGAAUGAACUGCAUAAUUGGUUUUCAUAACCUUCCUUACAAUAUCUGAGACAUUAAGUUGGAAUUGGAAUCAUGAAUGUUACGUGUACUCAGCUUUUUUCAGAUUUGCAACUCUUCUGUUGAUUUUGUGUUACAAGCUUAUGGCUUUCGAAUUAAACAUGCAUUUUUAAGACUUCUUUCUUCGUUUCCUUCCAUUGGUGCCUUUUGUAUUUCCUUGUACAAUCACAUGGAAAGAGUAUUUUUCCAUGGCUUUUUAUACUAUUUUGAAUUGCUUGUCUCCCGGAAACAGCCUACCUCCCAAGGUAGAGGUCAGGUAUGCGUACACUCUACCCUCCCCAGACCCCACUUUGUGGGAUUUCAUUGGGAAUGUUGUUGUAAUCACAUGGAAAGAAUCAGUAAAAAUGUCUUCAAAGGCUGAAUAAUUACUCUGCUUAAAUCAAUUACGUGAGGUCUCAUUUUCUGCUUCCCUUUGUGUUUCUUCUUCAUAAUGAAUUCUAAUGGUACACAGCUACACAACAAACUGACUAUUGUAAUAGAUAAUUGAUAUUUUUUUCUUUGCUUUUAAAUUAGUAAUUGAAUUUAGUUAGAUCUCUCUUUUCACAUAUUUUAUUUCCCGAAAUAGUAGAAGUUUUGAAUCAUUUAAGGAAGUAAUAUUGGCUACCCUGCUUUGCAAUGGGUGUUCACAAUGACAACUAUAGGCAAGUUACAAUGUUAAAAGGUCAUUACUGUUGAUGUUGGUCAUCGAGAAAAUUAACACACGGAUUAUUCUCCUUUGUGUCUUAUACCAAUGCCAGUUCAAAGAAAGUCACUUAAAAGCAGCGACAAGCUGCACAUUUAUUUUGAGAACCAUCAGUCGUUUACCCGGGAAUUAAAUUUCAACAGUUGAAAACUCGGACGUGACAUAUUCUAUUCCAGUAAUCUGAUCAUCAUUUCUCUAGAAGGAUUUACUAUGGAACUUCAUGAUCUUCUGGCACGAUAUUUAGCAAUGAUCAUCACAGUGAUACUAAUUGCUAGGAUCAGCUCAUGUCUCGACACUGCAGUAUUAAGUGAAGUCCAUGCACCUUAUCUUGAUAAAUAUGUUGCAAAGUCCUAUUUUAGUAAACAUGACAAUUUGGUAGACUCAAACUUUGAAGAUUUCAUUGCACAUGACAUACUGUCUAGUGCAUGUGUAUCGCUGCAAGGCAAUUUCAAAUUUGCACCAAGGCUGUCUGCUUUACAUCGAAAGUUGAUUGGUGAAGGCUCCCAUCGGCGUCUAUCAUCAUUUCUCAGAUUGAAGAUGUCAUCAGAGUCCAUUUCCAGGCCUCCAAAAUCUUGUGAGGUGAUAAUUGUUGAAAAAUUGCCUUCUGGAGUCUUUGCAGAUCCUUUUGAGCUACAACACAUUGUGCAGCGCGGUGUUUUCACGGAUGCUGCUGUUUUUGGAGAUACAAAUUUAGAGUUGCCCUCAUUUCUGUCAAACCGUUCGCUUGUUGAGGUUCAUCUGGAAGUGGGUCAAAAUGCAACAUCACACCAGAAGGAUGAACUGGAAAUACACAUGGAACUUCCUCUACAUGCGCGUUAUCAGCCACUAGGACACGGAUUUUCAAGAGUCGAAUUUUCUUCACCUGAUUUGUUUCUACGCUGCAACGUGGAAGGAAAACAACAUGACAUGAGCUGUUUGUUUCCACUAGACAAACAGAGUGCUGUUUCAAAUAAUGGUCACCCUGUGUGGGACGUACCCUGUGGAAAUAGAGAACAUACAGAAGUUGUAUCUGCUUUUACUUUCAUCUCAGCUGUAGUGUCAGCUCUUCUCAUCAUUGUUGCCUCACUUAGGUAUUCUGACAACACAGCGUCUAAUGCCUUGAAACAAUCAUGAGUAAUUGAUAAAUUUAGCAAGUCUUUUUCUUUUCCCUUUUGGACUAAGCAUCACUCACGUGAUGUUUAGUAACCUCUAUCAGUUAUAGGCUGUUGCUUA